CUGCCAAACACGCUUGCUUCUGCACGAUGUCAUUUCCAUAUACCUAGUUCCGCUAACUCAAGAACCCAACUUAUCGCUGUCGUCGUCUUUCCGUUCGUUCCCAGGAGGCUUGCACGAUGGCCCGCAUGUCCUUAGUCUUAUUGCUGCUUUUCUUUGUAAUUCAAGUCUAUGCGCAUCCAUUGAGCUUCCUCCACAAAUUGUCCGCGACCUCCCAAGAGGGCGGUUGGUUGUGGGGUUGGGUUUGGGGCGCUGAAAGCGCCGUUUCUGUGGUGGAUCGGUCACCGCCUCUAACCUUCCAUUCGAGGCCUGCGGCUUUUGGCCGGGAACUCAAGGAUCCACUCUUAGGCUAUGUCAUUCCACUGUCUUCAUUCACGACUUCAUGCUCUGGUAACGAUAUCUCACUGGUGGACCGAUAUUCGAAUUCGGGGUGCCCGAAGCUAUGUAUAAGUGGUCCCCACCAACCAGAUCCAAGCGAGUCUUGGAUCGCCCUAGUGCAGAGAGGCCGUUGCUCCUUUGUUGAGAAAGUCAGGGAAGCUCAGAGACUGGGUGCCAAGGCCGUUGUUGUAGGAGGCGAAGAUCCUGAUAUCAACGGUCACCCAGACGAACUCCUCAAUAUGUAUAGUACAGAGGAUGCUUCUGACAUCGAAAUUGCUUCUACCUACAUCAAAUGGUCGGAUUACAAGGAAUUAUAUCUGUUAAUAAACUCGUCUACGACCUCUCAUGCUGGCUUACAAACGCUUUCACUUAUGAUCACGACUCAAUACUCAGCUUGGGAAUGGUAUUCCCCAAUAUUAACAUUUAUCGUCAUCUUAAUACUCCCCUCUUGCCUCACAUUCGUCACACUUCUCAUCCAUCGCAUCCGCAUGGCUCGUGCAGCACAACGUGAUCGUGCUCCGGAAAAUAUUGUCAAAAGUUUUCCAUGGCGGGUCUGGAAUGGUACCGCAUGGGAGAAACAUGAGGGAACCACGACACAAGGAGCUCAUUCAACCGGGGCACAUGACAGUGAUCUAGAGUCGGGUCCUUCAGAUCAUAGUUCACCGUCCCCUUCCACAUCUCAUGAAGCAUUAAGCCAUGCGCCGAUACCAUGGUGCGAGUCGCAGGCGGAAUGUGCCAUCUGUUUAUCGGAAUUUGUCAAAGGAGAUCGUGUCCGGGAGUUGCCGUGUCACCACAUCUUCCAUCUGGAGGAAGUUGAUUCGUGGUUGAUCAACCGGAAGAAAUUGUGUCCUGUUUGCAAAGCAGAUGUCACCCAGCCCUGGCAUCUUUCCCAAGCAAAUAAGUCACGUGCUGCACCUGCUAAUGAACAGAGUUCCGAUUCUGAUGCAAUAUCUUCGUCCGUUAUUACGCCUCCCGUUACGGAGUUGACACCCCUGCUUCAUGACCACAGCGGGAGUAACCGGCUCAUGACAUGAAUAAUGAUGGAUUGUAUUGAAUUAUUGUAUGAUAUAUGAUAAGGCGGCCUCUCGGAUUCUCUUCUAGUUCGCUCUGCGCAUCGCGCACUGCGAUGUACCACCUUUUUCAGCUGUAGUACCAUUUGCUCGUCAAUAUUAAUACCGAUGUGUUACUCUAGCUCUUACAAGUAUGUAACUUGAGCCGAUAAUCA